AUGACAUUUGAGGUACAGCAGCACAGCCCUCUCAUCAAGCCUGUGGAAGUACAACCAGCCAGUGAAAUUCUCAUGCCUCCACCUACAAAGACUGUCAAGGGGAUCUUAAAGAAGACACCACAGAAAACGCCUACACGUGGUACCACACCAGGGAAAGGGACGAUUAUAGGCAGGGGCUUUGGCAAAACUACCACACCUGGGAAAAACAUCACACCUGCACUUUCUGCCCUAGGUCCUUACCAGUCCAAUUCUCUGAGAACCAGCGGUCAGUCAGUGGCUAACAAUAAGCAGAAGUUAGCAGGUCUUGGAGCAGCUCUACGGCGUACUUCAAGCUUCCUAAAGGCAAGAGGACAAAUGAGUAAUCAGGAGAAUGUUCCACCAACUCAGAGGGGGCCAUAUAGAGACACCUUGUCCUCAUCAGCAAAAUCGUUAUCACAUUUUCAGUAUAAGCCAUAGGGAUGGCAGUCAUCUUGCCUUAAUAAAAAUGUAGCUUGGGGUGAGAACACUGAAAAAAGUAAAAUACAACCAGUGAUGAAGACAGAAGAUGUUCUCAAAGAUUUCGCCAACAAACAAUGUUUUGGAUCAAAAGUUGGAGGUGGUUUUCUGCAAGAGAAAUUACAAGAGUUUUCCUUUAGUAACAGUGUAUCUCAUAGUGUCAAAGGUUUUGAAAAAGUUGUGGAAAAAAGCAUUAGUAUACAACCUUGGAGUAUGCACGCAAUGCCAUGGACACUUGGUGUGAAUAAUAGAAAAUUAUAUCCAGUGUUUGCUUACUUGCCAAAGUCUUUCUGAUCUCUCAAAUUUCUUUUUUGUAUGCUUGCAUGCACAAGGAUUUGACUGUCUUCUGUUUCCCACCGUUCUAGUGAGAGGGAAGUAAUGUAAUAAUAUAUAGUAAUGGAUGUGUUAUUGUAUUUUCUUUUCUUUUUUUAUAUGAUACUGUAAAUCAUUAAUGUAUGUUUUUAAUGUAAAUAGGAAAUCAGUUUAUAGAAAAGAUUAUUGAAAUCUUACUAGUUUUAUAUGACUUUUUUUUGUAUAAAUUUGACUGUAAAGAAUUAUCAUCAUAACCAUUUUAAAGCAAAUGAAAAUGUGUGAACCUGAAAUGGCUCAGUCCAUAGGUAUCACAUUGACUCAUUUUAUUUCACUAGAUUCACUUGUAAGUGAAAGAAAACUGUAAAUUUAUAUAUGUAUAAGGAAUAUUAAUUACUCUCUAUUCUCUUCUUUCUUUCC